UUAUUUGUGAUGGCUUACCCUUAUAAUCAUAAUAUCAAUGAUUAUUUUCAGAAUACCAAGGACAGAACCAUCUUUAUACCAUAACUUUCAAAGAAAAUGCGAAACAAUAGAAUAUAGGGAAGUGAAAAAGUCACAGAGUGAAGAAAUACUGCACGGAAAAGAUAAGCUGAUUGUUUGACGCAAUUAAUUAAGUUUCCAGUUUCCUGUUUGCGGGAAAAGACAACUUGUAAACAACAAAGUUUUAAGAAAAGUGCAGUAUUGAUAUUUUAUAUAUUAUAUAUUCACUCUAAGUUCAAUGACUUUUCCAGAAUAACGAUCCGAUAUCUUUUCAUUAUUCAGCGACUUUAUAUUGAUUAUCAGAAAAAAAGUGCGAGACAUAUAUGAUUGACCGUGCAUCUCGGGAUUUAUCGUUAAGUUAAGGUGUGUUUCUACAGGAAAACAAUAAUUAUGACAAUACAGUUUUAAACUAAAGUGGUUAAGGAUUUUGCAUAAAAAUGUCGACCACCUCAAGUUUCACAGUAUCAAACCCGAUUGAUAUUACUAGUAACGGAAGCUCUCAAGAGGCUUCCUAUUGUACUACCGAGGAAAUUGUUUCGUUAAGGCGACAUCAUCGUGUUAAAGAUGGAAUUAAACGUUUGACAGAAAAGUAUGAUUCUAUUGGUAACUUUAUUCCAAUGACUGGACGACCGCCGAGUAUAGCAUCUUUGAAAAGUGCAAAAGAAGAAAGAGAAAGACUUGCUUCUUUUGGAUCUAAUGGGUCAACUAGUAUCAGUCAAAGCCCAUCACGAACUUCAUUUGCUGAAGGGAUUAGCGAGCAUGAUUUGCUGCAAGUUGAAAUGUUUUACCGGAGUCAUAAGACUGAUGUUCAUGUAUGUCCAAGUUUAGCUAAUUUGUACUUUGGAAAAGUUGUUGGAAACAAAGACAAAUGGAAAUUCGCAAUGACCGGAAUACCUGUUCUGGUACUCGACACAGGAAAACACCAGCGUGACCGGAAGUUACAUGUUAUUCUUGCCGAAAAAGGUACAGGAUUCGUGCUUUGGAAAGAUAAAGUAGAUCAACUUACAGCAUAUAAAGCUCCUCAUGCCAAUUUCCACACGUUGCACCUGUCAACAGAUCAUACUCGUUUAGCAGGAUUAAGUUUUGACGAUAAAAAGGGGGCUGCAGAAUUUGUCAAAAAAUAUUUGGAAUACACAUCUGAUCCAGAUGAUGAACUACUCAAACUGAGUAAAGGAAAGAAGAAAAAAGUGAAAACUGAGAAACCUAAAAAAUUCAAACCACCGAAGAAAACGGAAAUUUCACAGCCAUGUUGUUUUGUUCAUGUGACUAAGCUCGAAAAUUCUGCUAUGGAGAACUUACAUAAUAAUAAAAGUGUCAUAUCUGGUCCAGUAGCAUUCGAAAAUUUACUGGAUGUACACGAUAAAAGAGAAAAAGACAGUUUAGAAGUUUCGAGUCUUCUUGGAAGUAAACUCACUAUAAACAGUGAUAUAAGUUCUACCGUGUCUGAAGAUCCAACCUCGGUUUCAAGUUAUCAGUCAGAAAAGGGAAUUCCGGACUGAAUACAAUAUUUUUUGGAAAUUCUUGUUUGAAUGGAUUCUAUGCAAAGUGCCAAUGUUAUUUGUUAAGUAUAUAUGUGAUUUCGUUUACAGUAGUUAUAAUUUGCAAUUGUUUAAUGUAACACAGUGCUUUUAUUUUAUAUAAAAUACCCCCAUUUUAA